AUGAACCAACCUAGUAUCAUAAUUAGUACUGAUGAGGAAUUGGCCCUACAAAAACACACACCACCACCAAAAGAUACUCCACGGGUUAGUUAUGGCAAAAUUUCACAUCCGAAUUGUGUACAUCAAGCUGAUAUACUCUUUUUUACCCAUGAUCAUUAUAAGCAGAAGAUAUACAAAGCAGUGCUAAAUAUAGUGGAUUGUGCGUUGAGAUAUAAGGCUUCAGUUCCUCUCACGUCGAAGAAAAGCUCUGAAGUUACUAAAGCAUUCAAGAAAAUUUAUAAUAGUUUAUCAAUUCUAUUAACCUGGCCUAAAUUGCUAACCAUUGAUGGUAAUAAAGAAUUCAUGGGCGAAACUUCAAAAAUAAUGAAAGCACAUAAUAUCACAAUUCAAGUAAUUAGUGCAUAUAGCUACCAAGAUCUAGCUCUUGUAGAACGUUUUAAUAAAACUCUAGCAGAAAUACUAUAUAAAGUUCAAUAUGCUAUCAAAAGUAUAACUUCAAACUCUAAACUAAUAAGAGCAUGGGUUAAGCAUUUGCCAAAA